GGUUCCAUGGCCGAUGUGCCCAAGGAUCUCCUGGAGCAGAUUAAGGAGUUCGAGGAGAUCUUCACUGUCGAUGCUGCGAAGCUCAAGCAGAUCGUCAACCAUUUCGUCAAGGAGCUGGAGAAGGGUAUGGCCGUCCCGAUCCAGGCGUCUCAAUUGCUUGAUAACGAUAUAAAACAUCAAGAAUCAUGCUGACGGAUGUUUCUCAGGUCUCAGCGUUGAGGGCGGCAACAUUCCCAUGAAUGUUACCUGGGUCAUGGGCUUCCCCACCGGUCAUGAAGAGGGAACCUUCCUCGCCCUCGAUAUGGGCGGCACCAACCUGCGCGUUUGUGAAAUCAUCCUGUCGAAGGAGAAGGGCGAGUUCGAUAUCAUCCAGUCCAAGUACCGUAUGCCGGAGGAGCUCAAGACGGGUACUGCUGAGGAACUGUGGGAGUACACGGCCGACUGUCUGCAGCAGUUCUUGGAAUACCACCACCCCGGAGAGAAUCUGCACCAGCUGCCUCUGGGUUUCACCUUUUCGUAUCCUGCCACUCAAGAUUACGUUGACCACGGUGUGCUCCAGCGGUGGACUAAGGGAUUUGACAUCGAGGGUGUCGAGGGCCAGGACGUCGUUCCACAGUUUGAAGCGGUUCUGAAGAAGAGGAAUCUGCCCGUCAAGAUUGCCGCCUUGAUCAAUGACACGACCGGUACCAUGAUCGCCUCUGCGUACACUGAUCCCGAGGUGAAGAUCGGCUGCAUCUUCGGAACCGGUGUCAACGCUGCCUACAUGGAGAAUGUCGGCUCUAUACCCAAGAUUGCGCACAUGAACCUGCCGCCGGACAUGCCUAUCGCCAUUAACUGCGAGUACGGUGCUUUCGACAAUGAGCACGUAGUCCUUCCUCUGACGCCGUACGAUAUCAUCAUCGACCGCGACUCCCCCCGUCCCGGCCAGCAGGCUUUUGAGAAGAUGACUGCGGGACUGUAUCUUGGUGAGAUCUUCCGCCUGGCACUUAUCGACCUCAUCGACAAGAAGCCCGGCCUUAUCUUCGAGGGUCAGGACGUUUCAAAGCUCCGCAAGGCCUACUCUAUCGACACCUCUCUCCUCUCUGCCAUCGAGGAGGAUCCCUUUGAGAACCUCCAGGAGACGCAGGAGCUCCUCGAGAAGCAACUCGGCAUUAAGGCUGUCAAACCCGAGCUGGAGCUGAUCCGUCGCCUAGCCGAACUGAUUGGCACCCGUGCCGCUCGUCUGUCUGCGUGCGGUGUCGCUGCUAUCUGCAAGAAGAAGAACAUCGAGAGCUGCCACGUCGGUGCCGACGGCUCCGUCUUCAACAAGUACCCUCACUUCAAGGCCCGCGGUGCCCAGGCUCUGCGCGAGAUUCUUGACUGGGCACCCAACGAGAAGGACAAGGUUGUCAUUCUGCCCGCCGAGGAUGGUUCCGGUGUGGGUGCUGCCCUCAUUGCUGCUCUGACGCUGAAACGUGUCAAGGAGGGUAACCUGGCUGGUAUCAGAGAUGAGAAGGAGUUCCAGGCUAUGCUAGGAUGAGUUGCGCUACGGGAGAGGACUCUACAAGAGUUUUGCACUCGACAAAAUAAUUGCAUUUCGGAAGUUUUCGCAGGCGAUCUCGAUGAAAUAUACUAAAUCUCUCUCUUUCUACCCGAUCUUUACAACAUCCUUCUUGUCAGAUAGACUGAACCGGAUGGCUAGAUAAAUACAUAGGUAGAUGGACCAAAUAUAUUGUUUAAACGAAUUAUGAGAUAGUUAGCAUAUUGCCUUGAUUUUAUUCUCGAUCUCCCAUAUCAAACAGUCGCGAUACAUGCA